UAGUUAAAUCUUGUGAACCUCAAGUUUUUAUUUUAGCCAAAUUGGGUUUCUCCAAACCUCAACCACUAUUAAAUUAGUGGGUUUUGAGGAUCUUCACCGCCGCUCAACACAAAUAACAGAAUUGUUUACCAAACACAGAGGCGAGGGGGAUACCUGCUUGUUCUUAGGGUUUAUUGACCCAAAAUUUCUACCAAGUCUCUUAGAUUUUUCUCUUCUUUUGUUCUAUCAGUUGUUUACGGGUCAAUCUUACUGUUAAUGGACGACACAGAUAAUAUAGAAAUGGCAGAAUCUGAGAAAGAGAGAAUCCAUGAAACAGAGGAGGAGGAGGAGAAAGGCGAAGAGGAUGGGAACAUUCAUUUUCUUCCUUUUCUUCGAGACCUUAACCUCCUAAUUACUUUGCUGUCCUUAAUCAGCGAAGACACUUGUUCAACAUCACAGGAGGAAGAACAGAGGAAAGUGACUGCAGAUGAUAUACCAAGAAUUCACAACAAGAGUCAUAUUAGUAGGCAUCAAGAAUUACAGCAACCGCAACGAAAACCGCGUUUCCAGACAACUAUAAAGGAUUUCAGGCAUGGCAAAAGAAUGUAAAAGGAGGAGCUUUUCCUUUUCUUUUUCCCUUUCCCUUUGUUUGGGAAGUUGAAGACUUGAAGUUGAGAGACAGAGAUUCGAACCAUGAGCAUGACAUUGUUCUCUGUGAUUUUAACCACUUGGGAUAGGGGAUAAUACUUGAGUCUUCCAAAAGUGACCGCAAAAUACUCUUAUUUAAUAUGGAGUGUUGGAUGUGAAAUGAGUCCUACAUGUAUAUUUUUAAUUAAUGACUAUUUUAAUGUCAUAUAAAUUUAGAGAUCUUUUGGGGUCACAAAAUAUGGGGAUGCGACAUUCUCCUGGGAUAGGGAAUCCGUUUCUUUUUUGUUUCUUUA